AUGGGGACACUGCGGGAUCUUCAGUAUGCACUCCAGGAGAAGAUCGAGGAGUUGAGGCAGCGUGAUGCUCUGAUUGAUGAGCUGGAAUUGGAGCUGGACCAGAAGGAUGAGCUGAUCCAGAAAUUACAGACGGAGCUGGACAAGUACCGGGCAGUGGUGCGGCCAACCCCGUCCCCGCCGGGCCAGCCAGAGCUGCAGGAGCAGCAGAGGACCAAGCGCCAGGCCAUUUCAGCAGAGCCCACUGCACUUGACAUUCAGGACAUCAGCCACGUGACACUCGCCUGCUACUCCAAGAGCGAACAGUCCCGGCUGCUGAUUAAAGGCGCGAUCCUGGAGAACGACUUCAUGAAGAACCUGGAGCUGUCUCAGAUCCUGGAGAUUGUAGAUUGCAUGUACCCGGUGGAGUACAGCAAUGGCAGCUGCAUCAUCAAGGAGGGCGAUGUCAGCUCGCUUGUGUACGUCAUGGAAGAGGGGAAGGUGGAGGUGACCAAGGAUGGGCUGAAGCUGUGCACAAUGGGGCCUGGCAAGGUGUUUGGAGAGCUGGCCAUUCUCUACAACUGCACGCGGACAGCCACAGUGAAAGCCCUGACUCACACCAAGCUGUGGGCGAUCGACCGGCAGUGCUUUCAGACCAUCAUGAUGAAGACUGGCCUCAUUAAGCACGCAGAGCAUAUGGAGUUCCUGCGGAGUGUCCCCUCACUGCAGGAGCUGCAGGAGGAUGUUCUGAGUAAACUGGCUGAUGUCUUGGAAGAGACUCAUUAUGAUGAGGGAGAUUACAUCAUCAGGCAGGGAGCCAGUGGUGACACGUUCUUCAUCAUCAGCAAGGGGAAGGUGAGCGUCACCCAGCAAAAAGUGGCCAAUGAGGAGCCUGUGUUCCUCUGUACUCUGACCCGAGGGGACUGGUUUGGGGAGCAGGCACUCAAGGGAGAGGACGUGAGAACGGUGAACGUUGUUGCUGCAGAUGACGUGACGUGUCUGGUGAUCGACAGAGAGUCAUUCAAGCAGCUGAUUGGUGCACUGGAAGACGUCAACAGCCGAGUUUAUGAGAGCACUGAGGCAAAAGCCAAGUUCGAGGCAGAAGCAGCUUUCUUCUCCAACCUGGAUUUCUCUGAUUUCCAGAUUGUCAACACGCUCGGGGUCGGGGGUUUUGGCCGAGUUGAACUGGUAAGAUGUCUUUUUCAGGUGCAGCUGAAGAGCGAUGAGUCCCAGACCUUCGCCAUGAAGAUCCUGAAGAAGCAGCACAUCCUGGACACCAGGCAGCAGGGCCACAUCCUGUCAGAGAAGCACAUCAUGCAGGAGACGCACUGCGGCUUUAUUGUCAGGCUGUACCGCACCUUUCGAGACAGGAAAUAUCUUUACAUGCUGAUGGAGGCAUGUCUGGGGGGCGAGCUGUGGACAAUCCUGAGGGACAGGGGAUCGUUUGAUGAUGUGACAACGCGCUUCUACACGGCUUGUGUGGUCGAGGCGUUAUCCUACCUGCACUGUCGCAGCAUCAUCUACCGGGAUCUGAAACCAGAGAAUAUCAUCCUGGACCAAAGGGGCUGUGCCAAACUAGUUGACUUUGGCUUUGCAAAGAAGAUUGGUUAUGGAAAGAAAACGUGGACUUUCUGUGGCACCCCAGAGUACGUGGCCCCGGAAAUCAUCCUAAACAAGGGCCACGACAUCUCUGCAGAUUACUGGUCCCUGGGGAUCUUGAUGUACGAGCUGCUAAGCGGCAGUCCUCCUUUUUCAGAGUCAGACCCAAUGAAAACCUACAAUAUCAUCCUCCGCGGGAUUGACAUGGUGGAGUUUCCAAAGAAAAUCACAAAGAACGCAGCGAAUCUCAUCAAGAGACUGUGCAGGGAUAAUCCCUCUGAGAGGCUGGGGAACCAGAAGAAUGGAGUCAAGGACAUCCAGAAACACAAGUGGUUUGAAGGGUUUAACUGGGAGGGACUGAGAAAGGGCACGCUGACGGCCCCCAUCAUCCCGAGUGUCAGCAGCCCUCUUGAUACAAGCAAUUUCGACUGCUUCCCUGAGGACAGCGAGGACCCACCCCCUGACGAGGACUCGGGAUGGGACGCAGAAUUCUGAUUGGCCAGUACAAACCAACGCAGGAGAGCGGACAUAGUGAACACAAAGCAUGAAGCUGAAUUCUGAUUGGCCAGCAAGCACCCAGGAGACCAAUCUGUUCCUGACUUCUGAUUUGCUAGCAGGAAUCACGCAGGGAUGUGGGUCACAGAAACUAUGGAGGAUGCUGUCCGAUUGGCUAUCGGAAGAACGUGGGAAACAAUCGUUGAUUUCUAACCAUUAUUCAGAAAAAAAAACUCAGGUGGUAGAUGCUUCUGCUCUGUUGCACUAAAAUGAUGGAGUGACCUGCCCAGUACUGUAAGGGAAGCUCCCUUGGCUGAUGUUUUUAAAUCUUGAUUAAAACCACAUUUUUAUACUGUGGUGU